UCCCCCUCGGCUUCGAGGGUUUUUUUUUCUUUAUUUUUUCUUCUUUUUUUCCCUUUUUAUUUUCCAUUUCGAUUCCCUUCUUCCUUCCUUCCUUCCGUUUGGGUUGGAUUAAUCCGACCCAGACCCUAAUAAUCGAUCUCCCCGACCCGGGAGGCAGGCGGGCCGGGGAUCGAUCGCCAUGCAGCAGCUGAUGAAGCAGGCGGUGGCGGCGCAGCAGCAGCAGCAACAGAUGAUGCAGCAGGCGCUCCUCAUGCAGCACCACCAGCAGCACCAGCAGGCGGCCGCCGGCCCGCCCAUGUUCCCGGCGCACCACCCGCACCCGGGUCUCGUCGCCGCGCAGCAGAUAGAGCCCAUUGUUAGUGGAAACCUUCCACCUGGCUUUGAUUCAAGUACAUGCCGCAGCGUGUAUGUUGGCAAUAUCAGUCUUCAAGUCACGGAUUCACUACUCCAUGAGGUUUUCCAAAGUAUUGGUCCAGUAGAAGGGUGCAAGCUCAUCAGGAAAGAAAAGUCAUCUUUUGGUUUUGUUGACUAUUAUGACCGUAGAUACGCUGCGCUUGCAAUCGUGUCACUCAAUGGUAGACAGCUGGUUGGCCAGCCAAUAAAAGUCAAUUGGGCAUAUACAAGUACCCAGAGAGAAGAUACAUCAGGUCAUUUUAACAUCUUUGUCGGGGAUCUUUGCCCGGAGGUCACAGAUGCUGCUUUGUUUGCUUUUUUCUCGGCAUAUUCUACCUGCUCAGAUGCUAGGGUUAUGUGGGAUCAGAAGACUGGACGGUCCCGAGGGUUUGGUUUUGUUUCCUUUAGAAAUCAGCAGGAUGCACAAACUGCCAUAAAUGAAUUGAAUGGAAAGUGGCUUGGCAACCGCCAAAUUCGUUGUAAUUGGGCAACAAAGGGCGCUAAUGCUGGUGAGGAGAAGCAAAGUACAGACUCCAAGGGUAUGGUAGAGUUGAUAAAUGGACCAUCAGAAGCUGGCAAAGAGAAUGCAAACGAAGAUGGCCCUGAAAAUAACCCACACUAUACGACUGUUUAUGUUGGCAAUCUUCCCCAUGAUAUCAACAGCAAUGACGUGCAUCGAUUUUUUCAUUUACUCGGGGCUGGCUCAAUUGAGGAGGUCCGCGUAACACGUGAUAAAGGUUUUGGCUUUGUGAGGUAUAGCACCCAUGAAGAAGCUGCAGUAGCAAUUCAGACGGGUAAUGGCCAACUUAUUGGUGGGAGGCAGAUCAAGUGCUCUUGGGGAAGCAAGCCAACUCCACCUGGGACGGCAUCUGCGCCUCUGCCCCCUCCGGCAUUAACGCCAUACACCCCUGGCGUGUCGGCAGCUGACCUCUUCUACGAGCGAUCCCUCGCGCUGAGCAAGAUGGCUGCUAACCCAGGUCUGAUGGGUCAGCACGCUUCCCUGAGGCAGGCUGCUAUGGGUAUGGGCGCCGGAGCCAGCCAGGCCAUCUAUGAUGGUGGCUUCCAGAGCGUCAACCCUCAGCAACAGCAACAACAGCAGCAGCUCAUGUACUACUGAGUGGCUUUGUGAAGCAAGUUUGACGACGACGACAACGACGCCCUCCCCUCCUAAUAUAUAUACAUAGUACAUGAAGCCUCACAAGGGCUUUUUCUUCUCUUUUUAAAAUCCGUAUUAUCCCCACCUAGUAAUUUACUAUCCUCUGGUGCUGUUGACUUUGGUUUCUGGAUCCAGCUAUAUAUAUUACGACUGUAGAACAUAUGUAUUCCUAACGUGCCAAGAGUUCGGGUAGUUCCCUGGCUUAUA